UAACUUCUUCACCAUUUUUUUAAACCAACGAACGCACACUAGUCAUCCGGCUUUUCACUAAAGUGAUAUUAGUCGACGUUUGAUGUUAAAUAGUAAUUAUAUUGAUGUUUUUGUUGCUUUUUUCCCUCCCUCUAGCUCGAGUGAUGCGUUAUGCUAGCUAGCGGCAUUCAUCUGCAGCGAAAAAUACAUUAACCAGAAUUCACCGGGGCGAGUUAGCCGCUUACGAAAGGAGUCAUGAAUUACGCUCGGUUUCUCACAGCUGUGAGUUCAGCCAGAAAGCCUUCUCCCAUCAGGAUGCUGACUGAGCUGCAGCAGCGGUCGCCUCCUUCCCUGAUCUCCCUGGCUGGAGGAGCUCCAAAUCCCAACACGUUCCCGUUUCAGUCAGCGUCCAUCCAAGUGAAGAACGGCCAAACGGUCACCUUUGAUGAGACGGCGAUGAAGAGGGCGCUGCAGUACUCUGCCUCCAACGGGAUCCCAGAGCUUCUGACAUGGAUGAAGAAGCUGCAAAAGGACCUCCACAACCCGCCGACCACCAACUACAGCCCUGAGAAAGGCCAGAUGGACAUGUGUGUGACGACAGGGAGCCAGGAAGGGCUGUGCAAGGUGUUUGAGAUGCUGGUGAAUCCUGGGGACAACGUGCUCCUGGAUGCUCCCACAUAUUCGGGCACGCUUGCCGCGCUCCAGCCCCUCGGCUGCAACUUGAUAAACGUCCCCAGUGAUCAUCACGGGAUGAUCCCUGCGGCUCUGAAGGAGAUCCUCUCUCGCUGGGACCCCCUGGAGGUCCACAAGCCCGGCAGCACCGCACCCAAGAUCCUCUACACCAUCCCAAAUGGAGGAAACCCCACCGGUGCAUCCAUGACGACGGAGAGGAAAAAGGACGUCUAUGAGCUGGCCCGGCAGUACGACAUGCUCAUCAUCGAGGACGACCCCUACUACUUCCUACAGUUUGAGAAGCCUUGGGCUCCAACUUUCCUCUCUAUGGACGUUGACGGCAGGAUCAUCAGGACGGACUCCUUCUCCAAGAUCCUGUCUUCAGGGCUCCGGUUAGGUUUCGUCACGGGUCCCAAACCUCUGGUGGACCGUGUGGUGCUCCACAUCCAGGCCUCCACGAUGCACACCAGCACCUUCACCCAGCUUAUGGUGUCUCAGUUGCUGCACAGUUGGGGAAAAGAGGGUUUCCUCCAGCACAUAGACGGAGUGAUAGAGUUUUACAGGAAACAGCGCGAUGCCAUGAUCUGCUCUGCCGACAAGUGGCUCAAAGAUGUAGCGGAGUGGCACACCCCAUCCGCCGGCAUGUUUCUGUGGAUGAAGCUGAAGGGCAUAGCAGACACGCAGCAGCUCAUUAUGGAGAAGGCAUUGGAAAAAGAGGUGUUGCUGGUCCCUGGAGGCGUCUUCAUGAUCAACAGCAGUGACCCGUGUCCCUACGUCAGAGCGGCUUUUUCCCUCUCCACACCAGAGCAGAUUGAUGAGGCUUUCAGAAGACUCUCUUUGCUCAUCAAAGACGCUCAAUGAUGGUUUGCGGCCGUGCUUCCUGUCAGAUGCUGCGUUGUGACUCCAGUCAUUUUAUUCAGUAAAACACUACAGUCUGUGAAGAAAAAAAGUGAUUAAAAAAUGCUGCUCCAGUGCACACCAAUGUUUAAACAUAAUAUAUUAGUUUUUAAUCACAGUGUCAUCGUUUUUCUCUGUGUGUGCAAUCUAGUGCCCUGAAUUUGAACAGUGGUCACUACUACAACCAAAUAAAUAUCAACAUUUUACAAAGACUAUUUAUGAAUCCACUGUGUUUUAAAGAGGAAAACUUGGAUUAUUUAAUUUUUUUUCCACAUGAAAAAUCGUUCAAGCGCAAUGCAUUGUGGUCUAUGUUUGCAAAUACUAGUUUUGCACAGACUUUUGUAGGGCACAAGAUUUAGAAUUUUAGAUUUGGACACCAUGAAAAAAAAGAAAACUGUACUUUAUGGUGUAGUGAGGAAUUCAGACACUUGUUGUUUAUUUAAGGUCUUACAAGUGGAGAACCCAGGAACAUGUAUGACAAGUGUGAUUAAAAACAGAUCAAAAGUGGAAAUAAAAAAAUGUUGAAAACAAUAAAAUAUAUAAUUUGUAAUAAACAUAC